GAGUUGGUGGUUGUAGGUCACCAAGUGUCCUGCCCCCUUUACAACAAGUUUUGACCACAACACUACACCUGACAUCUCUUAGCAAAGAUGGGGGAGAGGUUGCAAAGUCAAAAAAGCUACGUUUGCUCUUUUUCCGACUGUAAAGCUACGUUCAGUAAGUCGUGGAAGCUAGAGGCUCAUCUUUGCAAGCACACAGGAUUGAAACCCUUCUCCUGCGACAACUGUGACAAGAGCUUUUGUACUCGCUAUCAACUCACCAGACAUGAGCUCGCUCACAGCGGGGAAAAACCACACAAGUGUGCGGCUCAUGGAUGCUCCGAGGCAUUUAUCACGAACGCCAGCCUGAAGAACCACACGGCUCGAGUCCACCAGCACCAGGAGAAGCGAUACAAAUGUGAACAAAAAGGCUGCGGGAAGGAUUUCAACAAGAGGAACCAGCUGAAAGCCCACACGUAUGAGCACCAACAGAUUCUACCUUUUCACUGCACAGUCAACGGAUGCACAAGAGAAUUUCCCACUCAUGGAAAACUGAAGCAUCACGAGAAAGUGCAUCAAGGGUACCCAUGCGAGGCCGAGGAAUGUCCGUUCCGAGGCAAAACGUGGACAGAACUCCUGAAGCACAGAAAAGAACACAAAGUCAAGGUGCCGUGUGGAGCGUGCAAGAAGCUGUUCAACAACGCCUGGUUCUUGCGCCAGCACGAGCUGCGCGUCCACUCCGGGGAGAGGAGGAUGUUCACGUGCCCCAGGAGAGGCUGCGACAAGAAGUUCACUCGACGCUUCAACCUGGAGAGUCACGUGGUGGGAGACCAUGAUAAGAAGAAACCGUUUAGCUGCGCCUACCCCGGCUGUGGGAAGAGCUUUGCAAUGAAGGAAAGCAUGUGGCGACACGGAGUCGUGCAUGACCCAGCAAAGAAAAAGCUGAAGAAACUGCGCCCUAAAAAGAAUCAGCCCUGGCGGCUGGCACUGCAGGUCAAACUGGCAGCUGCAGCCAAUCAAGCGGAGACCAACAAGCUUGCUGCAAAGCUGCGCAAAACCACUUUAGAGGAGAAGAAAUCUUGAGGCUGCAUUAUGAAAUCUGCUUGCAUGUGAUAAUUAGUGGAAAACACUUUGUCUUUUUUUUUCUUUUUUUUCUUUUUUCCUCCCAGUUAUGUUUUUGUUUAUAAAAGUGUGAAUAAAGCCUCACGAAUAAGCAGUA